AUCCACCUGCCAUUUUACCUACUCUACCUGACCUACCGACCUACCUACCUACCUACCCAUUCCAUCCCGUCCACUCCAUCACUCCCUCCGCUCUCUACCUACCUAUCCACCGCAACUCGUCCGUCCGCCGCCUACAGUGAGCUUCAGUCUUACACUACCAACCAACCUAGAGGUUUCUACUGGCAAGCUACCUAGGUGCCUUGACAUUUUGCACCCCUUCCAGGUUUCUCUCUCUUUACGACCUCUUCGCGCCCACUCUCUCUCCUGUGCUACCUCUACAACCUUGCGAUUUCCACACCUACCUAGUCCCGCCAUCCAACUCCAGCUCUCUUCCCCCAAGCAGCAAACCCUCCCUCCGUCAUCGACCACUCUGUCCGUUCCACCCAUUCUUAGGACUACUGCUACAACUACUACUACUACUACUACUGCCACCACCGGGUCCCCUACCGCCAAAGGUGCCCGGCCGCCAACAUCAACAUCCGCCAUCCAUCCCAGUCGUCCUGCUUCGUCUUAUCCCUUCGACUCCACUCCGCCGUCGCCCACACCGAUUCACCGUUGAUCACAGCGCGGGAUAAGGAGAGUGCUUCGCUGCAUCGCUCCUUCCAUCCUCUCUCACCUCCGUCGUCGAGCUCUUAGCCUAGCAUCAAGCCCGCGACUCGUCCUGCAACCCGUCUGGGGCGCCAUCAGUCAACAUGGUGACGGGAACUAUCAAGUGCGUAGUCGUCGGUGACGGUGCCGUUGGAAAGACAUGUCUCCUCAUCAGCUAUACAACGAAUAAGUUCCCCUCGGAAUAUGUGCCGACAGUUUUCGACAACUAUGCCGUCACCGUCAUGAUCGGUGAUGAGCCCUAUACGCUCGGCCUGUUCGAUACAGCAGGACAAGAAGAUUACGACCGUUUACGUCCGCUAUCAUACCCCCAGACCGACGUCUUCCUCAUCUGCUUCAGCGUUGCAUCGCCCGCCUCGUUCGAAAACGUGUCCCAGAAAUGGGCCCCCGAAGUCAACCAUCACUGCCCCGGCGUGCCCUUCCUCAUUGUCGGAACGCAGAAGGAUUUGCGCUCCGACAAGGAACUGAGGGACAAGCUUGCCCAGCGCAAGCAGUCAAUGAUAGAGUUCAAGCAGGGAGAGAAGCUUGCCCAGGAUCUUGACGCCGUCAAAUACGUCGAGUGCAGUGCGCUGACACAGGAAGGUCUCAAGAACGUGUUUGAUGAGGCCAUCGUUGCGGCACUGGAGCCGCCUCAGAAAAAGACAAGUAAAAGGGACAAGAAGUGCUUGAUUCUGUGAGACCGGGAUACUCCUGCAGUGAGAAAUGUUUUUUGGCCCCGCCGGCCCCGUUUUUUUGUUACAAUCCGGAAGCGACCAUGAAAUGAAGGGGGAUGGCAAAGGGAGGCAUUCACAGAUCGACAUCUAAACGGCAUAGGGCGCCUCGAUAUUACCC